AUGAAAACAAAUAUUCUAACUCUUCUCUUGAUAUUUGGACUCGUAUCCGUUUAGACUAAGAUCACUGCUGAGUAAGCUGUGGAGGUAAUUGCUGGAAUUAUGGAUGGAGUCAUUCUAAAAGAUGAUCUUAAGGAACUUUCUCAAUGCAUGACUGAUGUACAAGAUGACACUGAUUCAAUCAAUUAAAUUGCAAAUGACUUCUCCAGCUUGACGUUAACUGGCAUCUUAUCAGGAAUUGAAGAAUUCAGAAACUUAAUGAUUAAGCUCAGAGGUGACUUGACUACUUGUGAAUGCAUCAGACCAGAUGUGGACAAAUUCUUGAGAUGGGGUGAGAUCUUUAUAGAACCAUCCAUACUCGUUCAAUAACUAGAAAACAACCUCCCAGCCCACUUGAAUGAAAUUAUAUCAGAUAUUUAAGCAGCAAAUGCUGAUUAUACACAAUAGAAUUUCUUUGAAUUCGGAGAGAAUAUUGGAGAGGCACUUGUUUUAGCUGUUGGCUAGAAUAUCUCGGUGUUUGCUCAAUGA